UAAACCUCUUGAGAUUGAAACAGUGAACCAGCAAUAUUUACGGGAACGAUGCCACUCCUUACCAAAUCAUUCGCCUUGAUUGUCGUACAGACCUUGAUGUUGGCUUCAUGUGGUUUCCUCUCGCACCAGAACACCAUGCCACUGAUCCACUCCGCAUCACCGAGUCAGAAAGAUCAAUCUUUCGCGAGCCAAGCCAAUGACCAAAAAGUCAAGCAUUCACUAUUCCAACGACCUGCAAACAAUGUGCUCAGCCGACAUCGGCGGUCCGUCGCGAAUGUCCAGACUAUGGGAUUAUUUGGAUUGGGUGCACCCGAAAUCGCAAUUAUUCUAGCAGCCGGAGCUUUUGUCAUCGGUCCGGAGGCACUCGGAAACAUGUUGGGUUCAGCUGCUGGAAACUUGAAAAACGAAUAUGGGGAUUUGCCAAACGAGUUGAAGAAAAUACCCGAAGAGUUUCAGAAAGGGUUCGAAGAAUCCACUGAGAAUGCCAAGGCCAGAAAUGCGAAACAAAUGGAAGUCCUGCCGGACGAGGACCUCAAGAAGUACAUAGAUCGGAAUCCGUAGCCACUGAAUGGAAUGCACCAAAAUAAAUCCUAUACCCACUA